GGUAGCACGGCAGUCAAACAGUUUCGUGUGCGAAAAUGUGCUUCGAACGGUUUGUGUGUGGUUUUUUGUGUGCCGUUGCCGAGGUUGUUGUUGUGUUCAAUCGCAGUAUCAAUAGGACGCAUGCGCUUGCAUUCACUUUGCCGACAGAAACACCACGCGAUUUUCAAAUAUUUUGUUGUUGAAUUUUAAAGUGGAACUUUCGAUAAACUCGCACACUCUAUCCGUAUACGAUUUGUCCGUCUCACUUUUGCUCGCACGUUCGCGCGCGGGGCGCCUACACGUAAUUCCAACGGCACACAGCCAAAAUCCAUCCAAACACAAAAUUUGAAUAACAGUUUUUCGGUGGCAUGCAGCUCUUGCAAUUGUUAUUAACGUUUCAUCCGUCGAAGCCGAAAGUCGACUCAUGAACGCGAUCCUCUCUACUCACAUACCAUACUGACGGUCUGCGUACGCGAUUUUUUUUUCUCCUAUUCAAACAAUUCAAAAUUGAAUUGAACACGACUAAUAGAUUUUUUUUUUCGGUUCGAAGAGGCUAGUUCAACACACAGAGAGACACAACGAGAAUAAAAACAACACAUAAACCGGAUGUGUAUCACAGUGGAAUUUCAAAGCGCAAACAUUCAGUGUGGAUUUUGUGCGUCUUUUUCGUAUUAAGCUUAAAAGCCAACGAUUUUGAUUCGGCAGUGCAUCGAUUUUGAUAUCCCAACGAAAGUGGACACAAUUUUCCGUUGCAAAAGCAGGAAAACCAUUUUCACAAAUCUUUUGUUUGUGCAAGAGUUUGCAUAUGAAAUCGAAAGUUCAAUAAAAACAUAACGAAUUUUCUCGGUGCAUAAUCGGUGAUCGAAUUUUUGUUUUUCCAUUCGGAAUAGAGAAACUGCAUCACGUAACGUAUUCAAUUUGCGCAGCGAGACAUUGUAUUUGAAUUGUGUCCGAAUUUCAUUUAUGCAAAUCGCAACGACGGUCAGCCGAUAAAUUUGAUGUGUCUUCAUUUUGUUUGGCCAAAGCGCACUACAAUCCACACAAAAACCUCUCGAUAUUGUUUGCAAAGAGAGCAACGAAAAAAAAGAACGAUUUUUCUCUCUCGGUCGGAAACAGAAUCACAAAUGAGCGCGCAUCACGUAUCAGCUGUAUUCAUCAUUGCAAAUAAAUCAAGUGUCAACUGAAUAGAAUUUAAUACAAGCUAAAAACGAAGAAAAAAAAACAGCAGAGAAACUUGGACAAAGAAACGAGAACAAGGAUAACGAAGAAUAGUGUGACGUUCAUUUGCCAGGACAAGCGAGAAAUCCUUUUGCCUUUGCUCUUUCUGCAUCUUGGCCACAUGAAACACUGAUCCUUUCCUCUGCUCUUUCGCUCUCUGUACUGGUAUCAUUCAACACUUGUCGGGCAACGAUUUUUCCCGUUUUCGUCAUUCUCGGCUUUGCUUGAAUAUUGAUGUUGGCUUGUUUUCUUCACGCUCUUCAGUGUGGUUUCAAAACUUGCAACAUUUCUUGUACAUCGCCAUCGUCGUCGUCGUCGUUGUCGUCGGUCGGUUGGUUGGGUUCGUGUCAUUCAGUGCAUUGUGCGAUUUUCUCUCUCUCUCUGUCUCUCGAACAAAACUCCCGAAAAGUGUGCGGUAUUUGGUGGUUCAGUAGGAAAAGUCAGUCAGUGAGUGUGUGUGCUUGUAUGGCAUACCAAAGUGUGUGCAACCGUCAGCUUUUCGAGUGCAAGUGUUUCGAGAACGUCGGUUUUAUUUAUGUGUUUUAUUGUGUGUUUUUGAUGACAAAUUUUUUCAUACCAUUGUAAGAAAGCAAUAGACGAGCACAAAAAAGACUCGCUGUGUAUGUGCACUUUGUUAUACAUGUGAUUGUGUUUGUACGCGUACUCGUGUUACAAUUGCUCGAGUGGUUGUUUUUUUUUUUCGGUUUGUCAGUGCAUUUUCAGCCGUUUUUCUAUUUUAUUUGCCAUUUUAAAUCUUCGCGCUCACUCUACUCAUUCCAACCGAUUUCGCGUCUAUCCCGUCGCAAAACUUUCUCGAUUGUUUUUUUUCCUGCUUCUGUUGCAGUGUGUGUGUCUCGUUUUUCAAACCACAAACUAUAAUAAUUAUGAGGAAGUUGUUUGUUUAUAUGAUUUAUGUGUUUGCGUUGAAAUUCUGUGAAACGCUGCCGCCAGAUAUGAUGACAGCACCCGAUCCGAAUUUCAGUUCACCAAUCGCAAAUAUCACUGUUCCUGUGUCUCGUGAAGCGAUUUUGACUUGUGUAGUCCAUGACCUAUAUUCGUACAAGAUAGCCUGGUUACGGGUGGACACGCAAACCAUAUUGACAAUUCAAAACAACACGAUCACGAAAAACCAUCGCAUCGGCAUAACGCACACCGAAAAUCGAAUCUGGCAAUUGCGAAUACGUGACGUUAAAGAAUCGGAUCAAGGGUGGUAUAUGUGUCAAAUAAACACGGACCCAAUGAAAAGUGCGUUGGGCUAUUUGGCCGUUGUGGUGCCACCGGAUAUCAUCGAUUAUGAAACAAGUCAUGAUAUGUCCGUCGAUGAAGGGCAAAAUGUAACAUUAACAUGCACCGCCAUAGGAUUGCCCGAGCCUGAGAUAGAGUGGCGGCGCGAACAGAGAAAGCCAUUGAUGUCGAUCGGAAGCGAAGAAAUUUUCACAAUCAAAGGAUCGACAUUAAUGCUACGACAUGCCAAUCGGCAUAUGAACGGUGCAUUUCUUUGCAUUGCUUCCAAUGGCGUGCCUCCGACCGUCUCCAAGCGUAUUAUGCUCGCCGUGAAUUUUCCACCAGCAAUAUUCGUUCGUCACCAAGAAAAGGUUUAUGCUUCAAUUGGUCAAAAGGUGGUUUUGGAAUGCAUUAGCGAAUCACAUCCGAAUUCAUUCAACUAUUGGCUCGAUCCUAGCGGAAAAAAAAUUAUACAAGGAGGCAUUUAUGAAUCGAUGACGAUUGAAAAUGUGUACAGAGUGAUCAUGAAGUUAGUCAUUCGGCCGAAAGAUUCAAACGAUUUUGGACCGUAUAAAUGCAUCGCCAACAACACACUCGGUGAAUCUGAGAAGAUCAUUCAUCUUCAUCAUAAGACAAAUCCAAACGAUGCAAGAAAAUACGUGUUGGCAAAUCAAGUGGAUAGUACGGAGAUUCUCAACAGUGAUUCUUGGGACUCUCAAUAUUAUGAAUCGGAUUCGACUUUGGCAUCGUCAGCGUCAUAUCAGUUGCUCUGCAUCAUAACAUCCAUUUUACUGUUACUCUCUUCUCACUCAUGACUGCAUUUCACAGCACGCUAAGGCAAUACCACUUAACGUUGCAUCGCAUCGCUUAUUAUUGCUUCCUUAUCUUUGUGUGUGGACGCAUGGGCAAAAGUGCGACCGUAAGAAGAAAAAUGAGCAUAAAAACACUGAUUAUUGUAGUGACUGUAAGAAAGUUAAAUAAAAUAACCAUCAAUGUGUAUUGUGUAAAUUUUGAACUUAUUAGUCGAAAUGGUAGAAACAAAUUCCAUAGAUAUUAUUUUUCGUUUUGUUUCGUUUGGAUUCAAUAUCAACAAGCAUACACAUUUUUUUCUGGCUUAAAUUGUCGAUUUUUCUUUUCGGUUUUCAAAAGUGUCAACAGCACAAAAAUUCCGUUCAUAUAAUCGGAUUGAAUGUAGCGAUUCAUUUUAAUGUAGAAUGG